CGGUAGCAGCAGUGUUGAGCGUGUUGUUGUGGGGUGAGGGAGAGAACAACUUGUACUCAGGACGAACCUGAAUAAGUGAUGAGGGAACUAGAGAGUUGUCUUUACAGGAGAGCGGAGGAGAAGAAUUUGAUUAUGUCUUUGGUUGUAAUGGUGACAGUGACCUUGAUGGUAUCCAACACUGGUACAAUGGCCCAUAUUCCUCUGUCACAACCCACACCUAAUACUACUGACCUUCAGAAUCUCAUGCAAGAUUACUGGCACUGGAAAACUCAAAAUUUCCCGCAGUUUACUUCGGAGGUUGGCAUCAACGACGACACGGCAGGUCAUCUAGACAGCUACAGUUUGGCACACCUCGAGCAGAGCAAGGUGAAGUGUGAGCAGUUGUUGAGUCGAGCUGAGAAGAUCGACACCACUUCCCUCUCUCCCGACGACCUCGUCAACCUUAAGAUCUUCAAGUACGAUAUGACUACAUUUUUGGAGAACUCUAAAUAUAUAAAGUACUUUGCUCCUGUCACCUACACAACUGGGCCUCAAAAGGAUCUAAAGAACUUAGCGGAAAUUUACAUGACCCUCAACGACUAUCAUGACUAUCAGAAGCUGCUCUCUAG